AUGGAAAACAACAUUUUGCAAGAAGCCCAGGAUUGGAAAACUUGUAUAUCUGAGUCAAAGCAAAACAUUGAGGCAAUUUUUUCUUCGUUUAAACUAAAUAAUUCUUAAAUUAGCUAGCUCCAAGCCAGCCAUGUUUAAGUCACUUGCUUAGCUCUGCCCUCUUACUUGCCAGACCGAUUAUAAGGUCUGAAGCCAUUUGUUACUCCCUCAGACUAGGGCUUGCUGAGGUAAAGACACUGGGUCAUGCCCUUACGUCAAUGAGCUAUAAAUUUUCGAAAAUUCAAAAAGUGAAUUUUCUGGUCAGGUUAUUGGCCAGGCUGGAACUUGUAACCCAGGACGCAGACCCUGGUAUCGUGCAGGGAAAUUGCCUAAUUGGCAAAGCGAACUCCCUCUGGCCUUGCUGGGUUAUCCUUUUCCAACUUCUAGUUCCAUCUUCUAUUGAGGUAAACCUUGCCUUAUGUGAGCCUGCAAUCGGUCAGCACAAUAUUGCACUCCAUCAUAACAAGUAAAGCCAGGCUGGGCACACUCACCGCAUGCUGCUCUCCCUUCCAUAAGGUGCCUACUUUGGUCUGGCUGCAAGUGUCAAAAGGGAGGUUGAUUUGCAAACCAUUUUAUAUAUAACUAAAUUAUUCAAAGGAAGGAGAAUCUUUGAUGAGAAAGAACAAAAUUUAUCUCAUGGACUUAAGGAAGAAAGAACGCCAGCUAAAAUUUUCAGUGGAAAAAGUCAAAACCCAAUUAAAUAAUCAAAGAGAAUAUACAGACUCUUUAGUUGACCAGCUUAAAAGCUACGAGUUCGAAAAAAUGGGACUCACUAGAGAAAUUCAAGCAGCAAAAGAUUUGGAAACCAAAGAGCUCAAUAAAUUGGGGAUUGAUACAACAGGAGAUAGAGAGAUUGUUAUGAAAGCCCUCAAGGAUGAGCAUGCUAAGCGAAUAAAACUAUCAGAAGAGCUCCAAUCACUCAAACAAAUUUUAGAUUCCAAGCAAGCAAAAUGCAAAGAAAUUGAAGACUCAAUAAAGAAAAUCCCAGAGAGCUUGCAGCUAAUGCAAACCUCAGUCACAAAUUUUCAGUUGCAAUGCGAUGCCUUUACCUCAAAAUUCCAUGAAAACUUAAAUUCUGAAAUUAUGGAAAUUGAAGAGGGAGAAAAAGAAGAAUCUGACACAAAAAUGAUAAUUGAAACCCUUGAGGAGGCAAAAGCCUGCGAAAAUCCAGCUUAA